AUGAAGCGUUCCCGCCGAUCUGUUCCGGCCAUGAACCGUUCCCGCCGAUUCGUUUGGGCCUUGAAGCGUUCCCGCCGAUCCAUUCCAGCCAUGAAGCGUUCCCGCCGAUCCGUUCCGGCCAUGAAGCCUUCCCGUGCCCGACGAACCAUGACCGUGGAGGCCGAGUUAAUUCCAGAGCUGCCGGACUGCCUCGCUCUCGAGUGUCUCCUCCGCCUCCCCUUCCACGCCAUACUCGACGCUCGGGCCGUCUGUAAGCGGUGGAAGGACGAACUCGACUCACCGUCCUUCUACCGCAUCCGUAGGGCCAACGGCCUCGCCUCUCGCGUCGUCUCGUUGCUCCUCCGAGGCAAGCUCCGGCGCACCGUUGGCAAGUUUCACCUCGCCCUAUACGAGCCUGACACGGGCGUCUGCACGAUGCGGCAGCUGGCCCCCGACCGCCCCAACCUCAAGAUGGGCAGCAUUGCCGGGAUCGUCGGGCGAGAGCUGGUGGUGAUGAAAAAGCGCCGUACUGGCGAGGUUCACUUCUACGACCUACUCUCCGGAGCCUGGCGGCCGGGCGCACCAAACCCGGGCCCACAGCGGUCUUUAUCGAGGAACGUCUUUAGGGGAGAGAAAUUGUUUGUGAUAGGUGGCAGGGACGGGGGAGGCAAAAAGCUGCGAUCUGUACUCGUCUACGACGCCCCCGCCGACACGUGGAUUAAGAUACCUGAUUUGGAGGGUCUGGGAAGUUUACUCGAUGGUAGUUUCUACACUAGGUUUUGGAAAAGUAAGGAGGAAUACUUCAGUGGGAUUCAAUGCUGCAGGGAGCAGUUGUUAUUAGGCGACGACGAGGACGAUUUGAUAUUCUACCCGACCGAGGGAGGGAGAGAGAUAGUCUUUCCAGAGGAGAAUCUCAUAUUAAAUGAGAACGCUUUAGCUAAUUUGAGGAAGCAUUUAGGAAUACUUCCAAAUGAACUAGGCCGAUAUCUUGAAUACUUUCACAGCGGCCGGUUGUGA